GAGGUGGAGCUGGCUUGGGCGCUCCGCGGCUGCCGGGCACCGGGCGCGGACGGCAGUGGGAGCCCAGCGCCGGCGGAGAGCCCGGUCUGUCCCCCUCGGGGGUGCCCGGUUUGUUCCCGGAGCCCGGUCUGUCCUCCCCCCGGGGGAGCUCGGUCUGUCCCCUGAGCUCGGUCUGUCCCCCCGGGGGAGCUCGGUCUGUCCCCCCCCCCCCCCCGCCGCCGGAGCCCGCUGCAGCCACCGGCAGGUUGACCAGCCUGGAUCCCAGCGUCAGGGACCCCAAGCAAGGAUCCUGACUGAUGAGUGCUUAGCACGACCUGAUUUCUUGAGGAGAACAAGUAAUUCUCUGAAGGCCUGCCCCCUCAAAGCAGCACGCAGGACAAGCUUGGCUAGAGAGAGAUACAUGGGACACACAGACAAUUAAAGACUAGAAUAGACGUUGUUCUUCAAGUCCCAAGAUUUGUGAAGGAAGAAUUGGAUCAAGGAGCCUGAAGACCAUGGAAGGAGACUGUCUGAGCUGCAUGAAGUACCUGAUGUUUCUUUUCAACUUUUUUAUAUUUCUGGGAGGAGCGUGCCUGCUGGGAGUUGGGAUCUGGGUCAUUGUGGAUCCCACAGGUUUCCGAGAGAUAGUGGCUGCCAACCCUCUGCUCUUCACGGGAGCGUACAUCAUGCUGGCUAUGGGCGCGAUGCUCUUUCUGCUGGGUUUCCUCGGCUGCUGCGGUGCCAUCCGUGAGAACAAAUGCCUCCUGCUUUUUGUAAGUUUCUUCAUGUUUAUUUUGUUAAUCUUCCUGGCGGAGCUUUCAGCUGCAAUCCUGGCUUUUAUCUUCAGAGAAAAUCUGACCAGAGAGUUUUUCACCCAGGAGCUGAAGAAGCAUUACCUGCGGAACAAUGACACGGACGUCUUCUCUUCCACCUGGAACUCUGUUAUGAUCACAUUUGCCUGCUGUGGGGUGAACGGACCAGAAGAUUUUGAAGCUGUCCCCCACCUUCCAUACUCCUCGUUGGAAAGUACGACACCGGAGGCUUGUUGCCAGCGAGAGCUCCAGAGCCGGGAAGGGAUGUUUGUCAACAAGGAAGCCUGCCUCACAGGCAUCGAGAGGUUUCAAAACCGACAGGGCUGCUACACGGUGAUCCUGAACUCCUUUGAGACCUACGUGUACCUCGCAGGAGCCCUGGCCAUUGGAGUGUUGGCUAUUGAGCUCUUCGCCAUGAUCUUUGCUAUGUGUCUCUUUCGAGGGAUCCAGUAAGAGGUGGCCCAUGAACCACCCGUUGUUCCCCACAUGUUUUCAGAAGAAGGAAGAAAAAUCAGAAGAAACAAAACCUGAGAACACCUGAAAAACUUUAUUUUUUUUAACAAAAUGGGGUAGGGGGAUAAAAAAGAGAAAAAAGGAAAAAAAAAAAAAAAAAAAAAAAGAGGGUUGUAAUAUAUGUAUGACCAAAAGGAUUGUACUUCAGGGGCUGGAACUUUGAGGUGAUGUGCACUACACUGUACGCCGGACCCUUGCCCAGAGCCACCCGCAGCAGCCAUGGAGCUGGAGCCCAGCGCAGCCGAUUGCACUGGAGGCUGGUGGAGCCGGCGGGGGGGAGUGCGGGGACGAGCACAGAUUGCCUCUCCCGCGGGGCCGGCCCUACCCUGCGUGCCUUUAGCACGCUUCAGGCAGCCGAGGACUGAGGAACAGACGUGCAGGGGCUGGGUAAGGCAACAGGGUGGCCGACGUCCGGGACUCUCCGGGUGGGCUUUGAAACAAGCUUAGGCUGGCUUGCCUAAGAAGUAGGUAGUCAUCAUUUGCGCGGUUCUGGCUUUAAUUCCCAGCCACAGAGUGAAAACGCACACUCUUCAGUGGAAGCUUUGUCCCCGUCACCUGAAAUGUCUCAGAGAAGUCAAGCGCUUCGGUGAGGCCGGCUUCUCUCCGGAGCCACAAGCUCACUUAGCAAUGGGACUCAGCUAAGGCUGGCUGGUGAUCAAGAGUUUGGUGCCUACCUUUCUGUUUUUACCGAGAUUUACUGUUCCUCAUUGUGAAAGAGUCCAAAUGGUUCCCUGCUAUGUUCCCAUCUCCUGGGAAAAAUAAUGGCUCUGGUCAAGAAUCAUCGAUACUGCUGCCUUCCCGAGAAGGGGAGGAAAUAGCGUUUAAAUCUCGUUGGCCUUUGCCAUUCCCUUCAUACUUGCAAAAAACGGUUUGUGGUGCUCUGUUAGCAUAAAUAUUUGCAGUGGUUCCUAUGUGCUUUCCAGCCCUACGGGAAGCUCCGGGCAUGUUGCUGGAGGGAGAAGGCUGAGGCUUGUCAGGCACUCCCAUGCUGUUUGCCUGCAAUGGGCUCGUGGUGUCAGCUCUGCUCUGAGGAUUUCCCCCGAGAUCCGCUCACGGGUUCAUGACAAAAGCACCAAGUCAGAAUUGGUUUAGUCUGCCUGUUAGUUGAGAGCGCUCCCUCCCCUGAGAUAGUUUUGACAUUUAACUAAUGUGCCAUCUACUUAAUCAUUUGGGACUGAACUUGAGAAAGAUGCCUGGGACUGGACCUUGGUUAGAGGUUAAGAUGGAACUGCUGAGGCCCCAGGCAGGCUCUGAGAGCACCCAGUGUGCAGCCAAACCGCUCCAGCCGCUGCUCCAGUGGCUGUGGUUAUCAAACCGGACAGGUCAUUGGUUUCUCUCCUCUGGAAGCAUCAACCCCUGUUACCCUAAUUGUUUAUUUGGUCACUCCCUGACCCCAAGCUCAUUUUGCUUGGGGAAGGACAGAAGGGGCUGCGGUUUCUUGUUUAGCUUAGGUCUUUUUACAGAUUUUAUAGGCUCAGAUUAUGGAGUAGUUUUAUAUGGGCUUACACCAGCCCCUCUGAAAGCCAUAAACACCGGCAAGGAAGGAGAGGGGAGCAGAAGGCAGCAGCGAGGAGCCGAGCAGUAACCUCGUGCCCUGGCGUUGCAGCAGCAGGUACAGCAUCUGGCUGUCCCUACACCGGUGGGGCUGUGUCCCUUGGGCUCUCCCAGUCACACUGCACAGGCUCCAGGGGAGGGAGGGAGGGAGGGAGGAAAGCGGCAGAAAGCCUGGUCCAUCAUAAACAAAGAUCCUGGCUAAAUAGCCAGGCUGGGGGAACCGGGAUGCUGAGGAACAGGAAAGAGGCAUUAGAGCUUUUCCAAGCUUCAUUUGGGAAUAACCAUUUGCUCAUCAGUGGGAGAGGGCCCGGGCAGGUAGAGCUGCAGCCCCCCACCCCGUGCUGCAGUCAGCAUAUUCCAGCAAUGAAAUAGGCAGCCAAGGCUGCUGGGCGGCCUCAGAUGUUGCAUUAAACCUUGCGGAAAGCUUUUCUGAACUAUUUCCCUCUGGACCUUCUUUUAAUGAGGCAUUUUAGCAUUAAAUUCUGGUCUGUUGUUUAAUGAAAGAAAACAGUUAUGCUAGCCAAAAACCAGCAGUAUUUAUACUCGACAGCAGGUGCUGCGCUUAAGAUAGGAAAAAUCUGUUGCAUCUAAGAGUCUUGCAGGGAACGGGCUGAGCAGAGGGGGGGUUUAACUGGUCUGCUUCUGCCUCAGGAGCUGGUGUCAGUGAGUGUUCUGGGAGAGCGAUUCCCAGGGGAGGAACAAAACCGUCAGCAGAGAUAGUAAGUUGGCUGGAGGUGAGCAAGAGAAGCAAAACCGCUGCCGCCAGCCUCCGUUUUUUUCCUUUCCCCUCAGUUUAUUAUGCAAAGGUCUGGCUGUCUCAGGUCAGAGCCUGGAAGGUGAAUACCCCAAUUUGUGCAUGGUGGGUGGCUGAAGGGGAGAAAACAAAACAAAACAAAACAAAACGAAAUCUUUUUCUGCCACCAGUGGCAUGGGGGAAAAAUCUGUCCGAGCUGGGGGAAGCGGACCAGAGCAGCCAGAGCGUGAAGUGAUAAAUAUACACACCUGAAGCAAGUUCUCUGCCAGCUUGUUUCUCUUUGGCUUUCCUGAUUCUGUACUCGUUGCUUUUAGCUUUCUCCCUUUCUCUCCCUAAUGGUGGUCCCUGUAUCUUCAGAAGGAUCUCUUACUCUUCCAUUAUUCCGGCCUUUGCACAGCUGUUUCUUACCUUGUCUGAUCCCUCAUUGCUCUUUUCUGGAUGAAGACUUCAAAUCCCCUCUGCAGCUGGCUAGCGUGCCACUGGGAACGCGGCCCGAAACCCCAGCAGAGGCCAGGCAGCACAUUUUAAGCAAGAACUGGAGAUAGCUGUAAAGAUACCAACAAGCCUGAGAGGACCUGUGGAAGCUGGUAAUGGGCAGAAGGCAUUUCCCCCCCGGGGGGGGGGGGAAGGGAAUUUAAUGAACAAGCAAGCCCAGAAAGCAGAUUCUCGCCGUAUGGCAAAGCAUGUAAAUUUGUUGAUUUUUGUCCCUUGGUUGUGUGGCUGCCCCACCCCCCCCCCCCCCCCCCCUCUGUUGUACAGUAGUUUUCAGAACAGCAGGCAGGAGAAGCAACUGUAUUUUUAUAUUUAACAGCUCCGGUGGCUAUUUUGGGGUUGGGGACUCGAGCUAGAUGGACUGCUGGCUGGAGAGCUCUGGGCAGGCCGGGGACCAGAGGGAGCUGCCGGCUCCUUCGCCGUAGCACUGUGACCACGGGAUGGAAGCAGCGGAGAGCAGCCCGUGCCUGCGAGCCCACAGCCCCUCUCAGUGCCCCUGCCUCCCGGCUGUUAUUUAAUGCUCACAUGACUGUCACGAAUGCCUGGGAAAAGGGCUGCGUGUGAAAUAAUGUUUGAAAUCUAUUUUAAAAAAAAACAAAAACAAAAACCUGUAAAUGUUCUUUUUAUUAGAUAGUGGAGCUAAUUUAUCCUGUAUUCCCUACUGUAAUGCUUUUUUAUAUUGAAAGGAAUUUUUUUUUUUUUUUUUUUGGUAAUAUAAACCAGAACACAAGCCUGAAGCACUCUCUGCACGGUUUUUGUGUGCAUUUCUUAAAAAAAAUAAAAAAAAUAAAAGAAAGAUAUUGUGACAGUGAA